AUGUACCAGAGCUUAGCCAUGGCAGCCAACCCCGGCCCUCCGGCGUACGAGGGGACAGGUGGCUUCAUGCACAGCGCGGCCGCAGCGUCCCCGGUCUAUGUGCCCACCACGAGGGUCACCUCCAUGCUCCCCAGCCUGCCCUACCUGCAGAGCAGCGCCUCUUCCCAGCAAGGCAGCCCCGUCUCCAGCCACUCCAUCUGGACUCAGCCCGGAGCCGAAAGCGCCGCUUACAACCCCGGAUCGUCUCACCCUCCCGUGUCACCUCGGUUCUCCUUCUCCACCAGCACCCCCAUCCCGGCCACCUCUUCCCGGGAAGCGGCGGCGGCUUACAGCAGCUCCUUGAACCUUUCUGCUAACGGGAGGGAGCAGUACGGCAGGGGCUUCGGCAGCUCCUAUUCCAGCCCCUACCCGGCCUACAUGAGCCCCGAGAUGGCCACGAGCUGGACUUCCUCGCCCUUCGACAGCCCCAUGCUGCACAACCUGCAGAGCCGAGGGACGCCCGCGGCCGCCCGCCACGCCAACAUCGCAGAAUUUUUUGAUGAUUAUUCCGAGGGGCGAGAAUGCGUCAACUGUGGGGCCAUGUCCACGCCGCUGUGGAGGAGGGACGGCACGGGGCACUACCUCUGCAACGCCUGCGGGCUCUACCACAAGAUGAACGGCAUCAACCGGCCCCUCUUCAAACCCCAGAGGAGGCUGUCAGCAUCCCGCCGUGUUGGACUCUCCUGUGCCAACUGCCACACGACCACCACCACGCUGUGGCGCAGGAACGCCGAGGGAGAGCCCGUCUGCAACGCCUGCGGGCUCUACAUGAAGCUCCACGGGGUCCCAAGGCCUUUAGCCAUGAGAAAAGAGGGAAUCCAGACGAGGAAACGCAAGCCUAAGAACCUUAACAAAACGAAGGCAGCGGCAGGCCCAUCCAGCAGCGAGAGUCUCACUCCCACCACCAGCUCCACCAGCAGCAGCAGCAGCAGCACCACGACCACCGAGGAAAUGCGCCCCAUCAAAACAGAACCCGGGCUCUCAUCUCACUAUGGGCACCCCAGCCCUGUUUCUCAGGCAUUCUCAGUCUCUGCCAUGUCGGGACAUGGAUCAUCCAUCCACCCUGCCAUCUCAGCUCUGAAGCUUUCCCCCCAGGCUUACCAGUCAGCCAUGAGCCAGUCUCCCCAAACCAGCUCCAAACAGGACUCCUGGAACAGCCUGGUGCUGGCUGAGAACCACGGGGACAUCAUCACUGCAUAA